AUGUCUGGGGGCUCAGAGAGUGAUGACUCUGUAAUAGCUAAUGGGAGGGUUUACAUUCCUGAAGUAAGAAAUGAGGAAACACCAGCAGUUGGGAUGAAGUUCGACUCGCUUGACCUCGUUUAUAAUUUCUAUAAUAGAUAUGCAUUCUUGGCUGGCUUUGGUAUUCGACUUCAUUCCAGCUUUUGGGGGAAAAAUAAGAAAGAGAUUCUGAGAAAAGAAUUUGUAUGUUGCAAACAAGGUGCAUACCGGAAUGAUGAAACUCGGGAGAGAAAAAGACAGCGGGGAAUAAGUAGAUGCAAUUGCAAAGCUAAGAUUGUGGUUGUGAAGACACAUGGGAGCAAGAAGUAUACCAUCUCUCUUUUUGCAGAGGGACACAAUCAUAAGAUGACACCCUCAGGAAGAAUGCAUUUACUGAGAUCACACCGUCGUAUUUCAGAUUCUACAAAAGUACUUACAAAACAGUUGGGUUCGGUUAAUAUUCCCAUUAAUCAGAAGGAUAUGUACAAUCUUGAAUGUAGUGUGAAUGAGAAGCUGAGGAACCACGAUGUUGAACUAGUGACCGAGUAUUUUAUGGCUGAACAGAAAAAAAAUGAGGCUUUUUAUUUCAAGAUUGAGGGAGAUGGCGAUAACAGGUUUAGUCGAUGUUUUUGGGCAGAUGCAACUUCUAGACGGGCGUACGGGUUUUAUGGAGAUGUUGUUGUAUUCGAUACCACAUUCAACACGAAUAGAUACGACUUGACAUUUGCACCAAUGUUGGGAGUUAAUAACCAUGGUCAAACAAUUGUCCUAGCAUGCGCAUUUUUGAGCAAGGAAACGACUGAGUCGUUUAUUUGGAUGUUUGAGGAGUUUAAGAAAGCCAUGCCAGGUGGCGAACCUAAAACGAUCAUCACAGAUCAAGAUGCGGCAAUGAGCAGAGCGAUUUCAAUAGCCUUCCCGACUACAUUUCAUCGACUUUGCAUAUGGCACAUCACAUCAAAGUUCUCUGUUAAGUUACCACAUUCUGCUUAUAAGGAGUAUUGGGGUGAAUUCCAGAAAGCCAUAUGGGAUACUGACAAUAAGGAUGAGUUUGAUGCAAAAUGGAAUAUUGUGGUUACAAAGGCUGGUUUGACUGACCAUCCAUGGCUAAGUUCAAUGUUUGAUUUAAGGGAAUCUUGGGUUCCAGCCUACGCACGACACUUUUUUGCCGCUGGAAUGUCAAGCAGCCAAAGAGCUGAAUGUUCUCAUGGUUUCUUCAAGCAAUACAUAUCAAGGAAAAAUUCGUUGAUGGAUUUCAUAAUAAGAUUUGAGAGGGCACUUUCUCAUCAACGUCAAAAAGAGUUAGUUGCUGAUCACGUAGAUGCAUUUGAAGUGGCUCAAUGUAUUCUACCGAUGCCAAUGAACAAACAAAUGGCUACCUUGUACACAAGGACAAUGUUUCAAAAGUUUGAGCAAGAACUAAUACAAAGUACAGCAUGUUUCCUAGAGCUGAAAACAGAGGAUGCUUCUAAAGUUGUCUUUAAUGUGAGCGAAAGGAAAAAUUGGGAAACAAGAGUGGCAGAAGUCGUAUAUGUCAAAGAUUCUGACCACGCAUCGUGUAGCUGCAAAAGAUUUGAAUUUGUUGGAAUUAUUUGCAAGCACAUCCUAGCAUUGUUCAGAAGGGACCAGAUUGAAUAUAUGCCCGAUAAAUACAUUUUGAAGAGGUGGAAGAAAACUGCGAAAUUUGGAUUGGUGUCAGAUGCAAAUGGCAACGAAAUUAAAGACUCUGCAGAUCCUGGUCUUUUAAUAAAGCGGAGUACAAUGUCCCGACUUGCUUCAGAUGUGGUUGAGGAUGCAUUAAUGUGUGAAGAAGGAUGUGAGCUACUGUCAGAGACUCUAAAAAGUUUGCAGGUGAAGUUGAAGUUGUUGAAGGAUGGACCAAGUAAUAACGAAGUUGGAGGGUCCAGCUCUCAAACACAAUAUAUGAAAGACCCUAAGAGAGUAAGGUGCAAUGGAGGGUCGAAACGAGUAACGGGAGCAAAGGAAAAGGCAAUGAAGCGAGGGAUUAGACACUGUCGGGAGUGUGGACACAUUGGUCAUGAUAGAAGACAAUGCCCAAGAAAUUUGAACACACCGACAUCACCGUCGAACAAUGACGAAUCAACUCCAAUAGAUCUUAGUGACCCAUUAUUUGACGAAUUUUACAGGAUGCACGGACCAACUCAAUGA